UCUAUUCAGCAUUCCUCAUACUUCUCACGGCCUUUCUCAAUUAAAGACGCAGCAAUACGAGAAAGGACAUAAGCUCUGUGUCUGAUAUGUGAUUCUCUGAAGCCAUGGGUUCAACCAGCAAAAGCUUGUUCCUUCGGUCGAGUUCCCUGACGAUUGGAGAGUCGAUCUGUGCGGCAACUAUGAUUCCGAUUGUUGCAGUGAUCGAUUUCUUGAUUUUUGCAACGACAAAUUGCUUUGGGUUCCGGCCCCGACCCAAGAAAUUUCUGUGUGGGUUCGCAGAUUUUACUCGGCUCGCCAAUGAGUCCCGAUUUUCGGUGAAUGAAAUAGAGGCGUUGUACGAACUGUUCAAGAAGUUGAGCAGCUCAAUAAUUGAUGACGGAUCGAUUCAUAAGGAAGAGCUUCAAUUAGCAUUGUUCCAUGCACCGUACGGCAUCAAUCUUUUUCUUGACAGGGUUUUUGAUCUUUUCGAUGAGAAGAGAAAUGGUGUUAUCGAAUUCGAUGAAUUUGUCCAUGCAAUCAACGUGUUUCAUCCGUAUUCCCCUGUAGAAGAUAAAAUUGAUUUUGCAUUUAGGUUGUAUGACCUGAGACAAACAGGUUUUAUCGAGCGAGAAGAAGUUAAGCAAAUGGUAAUUGCCAUUUUGAUGGAAUGUGAAACGACAUUGUCGGAUGACCUUCUUGAGGAAAUCAUUGACAAAACAUUUGCUGACGCGGAUGCCGACAAGGACGGUCAGAUCAACAAAGAAGAAUGGAAAGCAUUUGUGCUUCGUCAUCCUAGCCUCUUGAAGAACAUGACUCUUUCUCAUUUAAAGUUGGUGUGUUACUACCUUAUUUCCCAGUUUUGUUUACAACACCGGAGUCGAAGACUAGUAACACAAAGUAAUGCUGGCCAAAAUGCUACAAUGAUUUGAUGCGAUUCAAGGGUACAAAACCAUUGAUUUAGUGGAUCAUCCUGGUUCCAAGAAGCUUAGGUUCAUGUGCCAUUGGUGGAGAUGAGUUAAUAUAGUGUAUCCAACCUGAAGUACUGCCUGCAAGUGAGGGUAACCAAAUCAUUUUGAUCAAGUCUCUUUCUAUGCUAACCGGGUUUGAGCUUAGCUUUGGGGAUCAUAUCCGAAUAUAUGUCGGAUACAAAAGCUUUUAGAAGAAAUGGAAGUCCAGACUCUAUAGAAAUAUGCUCACAAUGUUGUGUACAGUAAAGAUUUGGAAUUGAGUGCAUUUUUUUCCGAUGAACUUGUUGUCUAAGAUUGUUCUCCCAACUCUCUCUCUCUCUCAAAAGAAAGAAGAAAAGAGAGAGAGGGGGAGUUUGUCCACCCAAGUAAUUUCUGCUUUUUAAUGAAUUUUUUAGCAACUGCUACAUCUGAAAUUGUUAUGUUUUCAUUGAACAAUUACUAGUAAAAAUAUUUAUUGAAUUUCC